AUGUCUUCCUCCUACGAAUCGUAUAACACCCUCGCCAUUUACCGGAUUGAAGUGAAUCCUUCGUGUUUGUGUCGUGAUCAGCCUGCGUCAGAGAAGCUUGGAAACCUAACAACCCAGAUAUCCAACGACAGUUGCAACUUCUUCCGGUGGCUUGACCCAGUAUUACCAAAACACUACAAGGAUACGUUAUGGAACAUGAAACUUAGGAUCAAUGACCUUUUGGUUAGGAAUGGUCAAGUUGUUGAGCUGCAGAAGAAGGUGGAGAAGCACAAGCUGCUUAGGAAAGUUGAGAAGGAACUUGUUGAAGCUAUGUGA